AUGAGACUCCACUUCACCUGCAGUGCGUUUCGUGACGAGUGCUGUGCUGCGCUGCGCUGCUGGGUUGUGGUGGAGGUGGAGGUGGAGGUGCAUGGUGGUGGUGGUGGUGGUGGUGAGUGUUGCUGCACCCAAGCGCCGGGGAGGGAGGAUCCUUGUUAUUUGCCUACUUUGCUUGCUUUGUUGGGGUAUAGAUGGGAUGGGAGAUAUAUGUUUGUGGUUUAUAUUACUUCUUUACAUAAGUACAUCUAUAUAUAUAUAUAUAACUAUAUAAACAAGACAGUCAUGGUAAACAAUAGUAUACCGGUAUUUAUAUUUGUGAGUGAAUAG